GACUCAAAAGUCAACACUAAUUUGGCCUCAUAUCGGACCAUGAAUCUGCUUCUUCCUGAAAUUUCACUUGGAAAAAUCCCCUCGAGAAACAAGUGCACAUCGAGGUCACACGGACCAACAACGAACGAUGAUGCUCGGAAUGUGUCGAGAAUUUGUCUCGUGCGAGUCUUCAAACGGAGAAGGUUUUGUUAGCGGCUGAAAGUCUGACUCUGAGCAGAAUCUCAGGAGGGUUGUGUUGUCGAUCUCUAGAUGUGUAAGGAUUGCUGCGCUGUACUUACUCUGAAUACUGAUUGAGAUAUCAGACUGAGAGCAGGUAAUGAAUGGUCCUUAAGAAGAUUCUGUACGACCUGAGGACAAGCUUUCCACUUUUCAUCUCUACUGAAACUCUGGUAUCUCUAGCACGGCAAAAAUGGAGGACAAUCAGGUGAAAAAAAUCAGUGACAGUGUGUAUGAAUUUUGCAAGCCGGACAAUCCGAGUGUAGAGAUCAUUUUCUUUCAUGGGAUCCAGAUGGGGGAAGAAGAUGUAAGUGAGCUACACUUGAGCACUUGGACAGUGAAAUCCGAGGAAGCCGAUGCUCCUCCAGAAUACUGGCCGCAAACAUUCUUCGCCAAGGAUGAGCAUCUGACCAGUAAAAAUAUAAGUGUGAGAGCAUUGACUGCACGUUACGAUCCUUCAAAGUAUAAAACUCACAACACAGGUCGACUAGAUUUAUAUAACAUAGCAGAAAACUUCACUCACAGUAUAAUUGACAAUAAUCGCGUGAAUGUGGGUCUUCGGGAAGGAGUACCUGUCAUCAUGGUUGGUCAUUCUUUCGGUGGGUUGGUGAUGAAGAAACUGGUGGAUCAAGUAGCGGAGAAAGCUCGACUAAAUGGCAACCAUUCCAAAAAUCUGCAAAAGUUUUUGGAUAAUUUGAAGGGGCUCUUCUACUAUUCUACCCCACACCUGGCGCUCAAAGAUGAAGUUUUUCAGAGGCUCUUUCCACCGGGAAAGAGCUACAGCGAUUUACCAAAGUUGCUUGAGGAACUGAACAAAGGAGCUGGUCGACUUCACGCGGUUUUGACUACAUAUGCAAAAGGGCAUAAAAUAAUGGUGAAUGAGGCAUUCGAUGUCAAUAAUACUGAUCUGGGUGACAACCUGGAGCCGAUCCAGAUAGUAACCGAAGCUUCAGCAGGAUGUGGAGCUGAGAGCAAAUUAGCAAUCAGUGAGGACCAUUUCAAUGUCUGCAGACCCAGAGAUGUGAAAUCCUCAAACUAUCAAGCACUCGCCAAUUUCAUCGUUAAAAUUGUAGAGCGAGAGAAAGCGAAAAAAAAUUCCGACGCUGCAGGAUUAGAUCUUCCAGAGGUGGGCAGGCGCCGGUGAUCGCAUGAACUGACUCCAAAUAUGAACGACUAGAAAGUCGCGAUUACUGUCUUGUAGAAAAACAUUCACAUUCUGUAUGUGAGAUACAAAUUCUGGAGUCACAGACAAGUAAAUACUGAAGAGGCAGUAGUGGGAUCAGAAAACUUCAGUACAUUUUCCUUGUACGGUUGUGAGGAUACUUCUGUAAAUUACGCUUAUUGGGUACUGGAAUUACGCACCUUCUGUAUAAACACAUCUUUGACUAUCUGACGUCUACAAAACGUGUGCAAAGUUACGAUUAUAACUUACCCCCUUCC